GUAGUGAGCUCCCUGUCCUGUUGGCUCCCAGUUGUUCGGGCGUUGUGCUUGAGGGAGCUUCACACAGAAGAGGACAAAGAGCUGCAAUGGACGGUGAUGUUGCAGUUGGUGUGAAGAGAGGCUCAGAUGAGCUCAGCAUGUACGGUAGCAGCCCGAACUCCAUGACUGCAAACGGCAGCGACAGUAAAAAACAGCGUCUGGAUGAGUCGCCUCCGUCCAGAGUUCUCCAUAUUAGGAAACUCCCCAGUGAAGUAUCAGAGACAGAAGUCAUUGCAUUGGGCCUACCCUUUGGAAAAGUUACCAACAUACUGAUGUUGAAGGGGAAAAACCAGGCAUUCCUGGAGCUCAGCACAGAGGAAGCUGCCAUUACGAUGGUGAACUACUACUCAGCCGUUACACCACAGGUCAGGAAUAGUCCCAUCUUUAUCCAGUACUCCAACCAUAAGGAACUGAAGACCGAUUCUGCUCUAAACCAGAGAGCCCAGGCGGUGCUGCAGGCUGUCUCGGCAGUUCAGGAUGGAAGUUCUCCAUCAUCUGACCCCGGCAUCUUGGACCUCACACCACCUCCCAGCCCCGUCCUGCGCAUUAUAAUCGACAACAUGUUCUAUCCUGUCACUCUCGAUGUUCUGCAGCAGAUUUUCAGUAAAUUUGGGACUGUCAUGAAGAUAAUCACCUUCACCAAGAACAACCAGUUUCAAGCACUUCUGCAGUUCAGCGAUCCCACCAACGCGCAGCAGGCUAAAGUGUCUCUUGAUGGACAGAACAUUUAUAAUUCUUGCUGUACUCUGAGGAUCGAUUUCAGUAAGCUGGUGAACCUCAAUGUCAAGUACAACAACGACAAGAGUCGAGAUUACACCCGACCUGACCUACCUACCGGAGAUGGAGAGUCAAACAAGGAUCAUUCUUUGUUGGGUACCCCAUCUGGAGCGCUGGCUUCGUACUCCAGUGCGGCAGGUUAUUCAUCAUCUCUUUCCCUCUCGCAGGGUGCAGGGGCCAUUAGCCCUCUGAGCGCCGCUGCUGCCGCGGCUGCUGCUGCAGGACGUGUCGCUCUGUCGGGGUCCGGAGUGUCAGGAGUCCUGUUGGCAUCCAACCUGAAUGAAGAGAUGGUCACGCCUCAAAGUCUCUUUACCCUCUUCGGUGUCUAUGGUGACGUGCAGCGGGUGAAGAUCCUGUACAACAAAAAGGACAGCGCCCUAAUCCAGUUGUCAGAUGGUAACCAGGCUCAGCUGGCCAUGAGCCACCUGAAUGGUCAGAAAGUGUUUGGUAAAGUGAUGAGAGUGACGCUGUCCAAACACCAAACUGUGGCUCUGCCCCGAGAAGGACUGGAUGACCAACUCCUAACUAAAGAUUUUUCUGGCUCUCCACUGCAUCGCUUUAAGAAACCAGGAUCCAAAAACUUCCAGAACAUCUUCCCCCCUUCUGCGACACUUCAUCUCUCCAAUAUCCGGGAGGGAAUUGGAGAGGAGGACCUGCGUCUCCUGUUCUCUAACAGCGGGGGUGCGGUGAAGGCCUUUAAGUUCUUUCAGGACCGUAAGAUGGCCUUGAUCCAGAUGUCGUCAGUAGAGGAGGCCAUCCAGGUGCUCAUAGAUCUUCACAACUACGACAUGGGCGGGAAUCACCAUCUCAAAGUUUCCUUCUCCAAGUCCACCAUCUAAAGGCGACACCCAACGCGGCAGCGCUACACUAAGCCAGGAGGUCGCUUGUCUAACCCUUUUGCUGGGGGGGAGAUUUACCACACUAACGUCAUUCUUCUGUGCAAACAGUCCAGUUGGAGGUUUCUUCAGUUUCUUGACGGGUAGGAGGCACUUUGCUAAGGUUCUUAUGUUGUGACCCACAAAACAGCAGCUGCCCUGCUUCCUCCCGGCUGUUGCAGUUGUAAGUGGGGGGGUGCUGAGUGUGUGCAUAGUGCUGUCUUGAGUAGACUCGAUGCCUUCUGUCCUUGGAUUUUUACUUUCUGGGCUUUGAUUUUCCUGUCAGUCAUACUGUUAGUGUGUUAUCUUCAACCUAUAAGAUUUUAUUUUAUUUUUUUUCAUUUUUUAUUGGCCCAGCACAAAAUGAAAACAUGACCUCAUGUUAAAAGGUUUACUUUGUCUCCUAUAACACAACGCUGAGUUAAACAACUACUCGCAAAAAGGGAUAUAUAUAUAUAUAUAUAUAUAUAUAUAUAUAUAUAUAUAUAUAUAUAUAUAUAUAUAUAUAUAAUGGGAUUUCAUUUGGAAUUUCAGGAUGAACAUAAAAUGCACUGAGAACGUUCACAUUUCGUCUCAUGACCCUGCAAAUUUGCAGAUUUUUGGUCCAAAAAAGAUUUUUUUUUCCUCCAAAAAUAGGCUGUAUUUUCUGCAGAAAGCACGUGUCAUUCAGCCUAAGUGGGUAAUAAUUUCUAAAUGUGUGAUGAUACAGCUCAAAUGUACAGCGUGCGUGUGCUACUCUUAGAAAAAGCCCACAAUGUUUUUGUCUCAUUGUUUUAAAUGUUGAGGUUUCGCACUUUGUGCGGCGGUCCUCGAACGCGCCAUCGUCGUGUGCGGGCACUGGAACAGGAAAGCAGUGGUGAUGAUGUAGACGCGGCGUGGAGAGACGCCUUCUCUAACCUGCUAGCCUGACGACCAGGCUAAAGGCUACACCGUGACUCCAUUCCAUUCAUUAGUGGUGAGUGUGCGUACAUUUUAUACUGUAAAUGUGUUUCAUAAGUGUGUGAGGCAUAUUUUUGGCUUAAACCUGGAUAGUGUUACGAGUGAACAAUGGCAAUUGAAAAGUGUGUCUAAAAUAGACAUUUUUAUGGGCGUUUCAAUGAUAGUCACUGGUAGUCCCAGAUGUCUCACACACACUCACACACACACACACACACACACACACACACACUCACACACACACACACACAAGUGCAUUUUAGGUUCAUCCUGAAAUUGAACGCUGAGUAACGUAGCUUUUGUGCGUAUUUAAGUGCACAGCACAUUUUGUCCUACAUUGCGUUGGUUUUUGCAUGUAAACAAAAGUUGAAGAAUGUCAAAUAUACUUCAGUUUUUUCUGUGUGGAAAAGGUUUGGACACCUCUGAGAAACAAUGAAGAUGAAAGCUAGAAAGCCACGUGUGAUAUUUACUUCAAAAUCUUUUCCGACAAAAAGCAACACGUGGUAAAAGCGUUUUUUGACAACACCUGUGAGACAUGUUUGGUCCAACGUACAUGUGCCUUUAGUUUCUAUUUGAUUCCUUGUUGAUUAAACAGAUUGUAAAUGCAUAAAAACGUGCUUUUCUCAACCCCCGCUCAUCGUCGAGACUGGAGUCUGCUCACCUCUCAUUUCUGUGUUUUGUUGUUGGAUCGUUUUGCGCUGAUGCGUUGAAAGUUUUAUUUUCGGGGAUUGUACCGUUUUUUUUUGUUGUUUUUUUUACUUGAGCUCAGUUUGUGAUAACGCUUCACAUUAGCACAAAUGAUUUGCUUUUAACCAACAGUUGAGGUACGUUUGUGUCUUGUAUGUUUUCAACUCUCCUCUGUAUCUUAGCUGUCAAUAAACGUAUCUGCUCUUCCUCGUCA